AUGUUCUCAAAAAUCAAAUAGUUUAUUAAAAAUUUUGACGAAAAGAUUUUGAAGUCAAAUGAAUCCGUAGAGCGUACUCAUACUUUUAAGGGUGAAAGAGUAUAAAAGAGAGUUCAUAAUAACUUUGGUGGUCCUAUCCCAACUAGAGAAUAAUAUUUCUAAGAAUUUCGUUUAGAUCCUGAAUUGAGAAUGCAAAGCAGAAUUUUGAGAUUAAAACAUUUUGGCUAUUUCUUGGCAUAUGCAGCAUGGUUUGGAGGAGUUGUUAUGUUUAUUAUGUACAGACUUAGAAGUGAUGAUUUAAGCUCUUUGGAAAAAGAAGCUGAAGAAAGAAUUAGAAUUCAAAAGGCUGUUAAAGAAUUAUAAAAGUAAAAUAAGGUUGACGAACUCAAAAGUUUAAAAAAUCAAAGAAAUCAAAGCGAUUGA